CGUUGUUUCUCCACCUCUAUUGUCUAACAUAUGUCAAAUUGAAGUUUUAAAUCGUAAUCGGAGCACGGCAAACAUUGUUUUCUUAUAUGUAUAGAGGAAGUGAACUAAUUUAGUGGUGGCUGAUUUUUACAAUAAUUAGUGAACCUUCAUUGGCAAACCUCUAGAACAAAUUCCAAAAUGAGUGACGAUUUUUUGAGGAAACCAUUCUCACUAGCGCCCGCACCAGCCGAUGCGGCAACAACAAACUAUACUCCGGCUACGAGCACAUUUAGUAGCGCCCCGGUGUCACCGUACCUUAACUAUGAUUCCCGGUUUCUACAGCAAGCACAGCCCGAGUUUAUUUUUCCCGAAGGCGCUAACAAACAGCGAGGGCGCUUUGAGCUUGCCUUCUCGCAAAUAGGAACAUCCGUGAUGGUUGGUGGAGGAAUCGGCGGCCUUGCUGGAGUCUACAAUGGUUUUAAAGUAACCAACGCACUUAAUCAGACGGGGAACCUUCGGCGGACACAGUUAAUCAACCACAUCAUGAAGCAAGGUUCGGGCACCGCCAACACGCUGGGUACACUAGCGGUGCUCUAUUCGGCGUGUGGAGUGUUAUUGCAGUUCGUUCGUGGGGAGGAUGACCAUGUCAACACAGUGAUUGCAAGCUCUGCAACAGGGCUAUUGUACAAAUCUACAGCUGGCUUACGGAGAUGUGCAUUAGGCGGCGCUAUAGGACUUGGCAUCUCUUCUCUCUAUUGCUUAUAUCUUAUAGCGCAAGAGAACAGCUCAAACUCAAGUCCAAAAUACCUGUAAAUUCAGAUGGAAGUUUCCUAUGCACGGACAGUUCUUAAAAAAACAUCUUGUAUAGACAUUUCGCGCGUAAUCACUUAAAAUCACGUUUCGUUGAAUGUUAUGAAUACAUAUAUAUUAGGUAUAUUCAGACACA